AUGUGCACACCAGGUGUCAGUGCAGUGUGCACACCAGGUGUCAGUGCAGUGUGCACACCAGGUGUCAGUGCAGUGUGCACACCAGGUGUCAGUGCAGUGUGCACACCAGGUGUCAGUGCAGUGUGCACACCAGGUGUCAGUGCAGUGUGCACACCAGGUGUCAGUGCAGUGUGCACACCAGGUGUCAGUGCAGUGUGCACACCAGGUGUCAGUGCAGUGUGCACACCAGGUGUCAGUGCAGUGUGCACACCAGAUUGCAGUGCAGUGUGCACACCAGGUGUCAGUGCAGUGUGCACACCAGGUGUCAGUGCAGUGUGCACACCAGGUGUCAGUGCAGUGUGCACACCAGGUUUCAGUGCAGUGUGCACACCAGGUGUCAGUGCAGUGUGCACACCAGGUGUCAGUGCAGUGUGCACACCAGGUUUCAGUACAGCGUGCACACCAGGUUUCAGUACAGCGUGCACACCAGGUUUCAGUACAGCGUGCACACCAGGUUUCAGUGCAGUGUGCAUACCAGGUUUCAGUGCAUUGUGCAUACCAGGUUUCAGUGCAUUGUGCACACCAGCUUUCAGUGCAUUGUGCACACCAGGUUUCAGUGCAUUGUGCACACCAGGUUUCAGUGCAUUGUGCAUACCAGGUUUCAGUACAGUGUGCACACUAGGUUUCAGUACAGUGUGCACACCAGGUUUCAGUGCAGUGUGCACACCAGGUUUCAAUGCAGUGUGCACACCAGGUUUCUCUUUCAGUGCAAUGUGCACACCAGGUUUCAGUGCAAUGUGCACACCAGGUUUCAGUGCAGUGUGCACACCAG